AUGGAUUUGUGGAGCUUAAGUGUGGUUGGGGUAGACCAGAUUGUUCUUGGGUACUCGAAGCAAGAUCAUCGCCUUGGCACCAGCCCGGCUNAGGCCCAGGGAGAGCAGCAAGAGGACAGUUUGGAGAAGGUGAUUAAAGAUACUGAGUCCCUGUUCAAAACCCGGGAGAAAGAAUAUCAGGAAACCAUUGACCAGAUAGAGCUGGAGCUGGCCACGGCCAAGAAUGACAUGAACCGGCACCUGCACGAGUACAUGGAGAUGUGCAGCAUGAAGCGAGGUUUGGACGUGCAGAUGGAGACCUGUCGCCGGCUCAUCACGCAGUCUGGGGACCGAAAGUCUCCUGCUUUCACUGCGGUCCCGCUUAGCGACCCGCCGCCACCGCCAAGUGAGACUGAGGACUCCGAUCGUGAUGUCUCAUCUGAUAGCUCCCUGAGAUAGGGACCUCCCUCCAGCCCGGCUCCCCUGGGCCCACCCGGCUGGGAACUCACCAGGCAGAGGGUUGGGGGCUUAUGGAAGGGAAGCAUCAUCUGUCCUGCUGCACAAGCCUGGCUCUGGGGCCUGCGGCUCCUCCCUUGCCUUCCUCCCUUGGUCCUUGGCCUGGGGUGUCUGGAGCGAGGCUUAGCCUGCCCUUCCUGGGCGACCCCAGCUCACCUGGGGCACUCCUGCCUUCUUGCGUGGGUGUCUGCUACUUUCUCAUAUUUAAAAUGCUGCCAAGCGAUUGGGACCCCUGACCUUCUCCGCUAAGGAAUGUGAUUGUCAGAUCUUCCUUCCAUCCCUGUGGCCUCUAGAGCCUGCUUGAUGUCUGAUUCCGCACUGGUGCUAACCGACCCAGGCACUGGUAUGAAGUGGGUCAGGCCGAACUUUCCCUGGUGUGUGCAGCAUGUGGCAGGGGAGGGCUUCCCCUUCUGUUUCAGGUGGAGGAGGCGGGACUGGGCAGGGCUCUAUGUCCUCCCUCAGGGUCGGCUGCUGCUGACAGCAGUGAUGUGGCUAUGACCCCUUUCCUGGAAGUGCCGUACAUUAAAGGGGCCUCGUGCCCCGUUCUAGAUGGCAUCUGGGUUUGACUGGGUGCGGUAUUGUGGAGGGAGAUGGAAGCUCGUCUUCUAGUCACUGCUGAGUGACAAGAGAAUGUGAAGCUACUUCACGUGUGUGUGUGCAUGUGAGUGUACGCAGGUGGGUGUGUACAUUUAUUUGGUGUGCAUGCCCAUGGGUGUGCGGGUGCACAUGUCCUCAGGGUCUCAGUCUCUGUAAGUAUCAGCUGAAGAUGUGUCCUUCCAUGUCUGUCGUACACUGAGACCAACAUGCUGAGUAAGAGGUCCUUGGAAAGGGCUGGAGAAGUUGGGAGAUGCGACUGAUGACACCUCAGCAUAACUGCCAGCGGGGGGCGAUGCUGAGCUGACAUUUGAAUGGAAUCUUUAAUAAUAAUGAAACUGGAGAGUAUCGAACA